AUGCUAAGUGUUUAUAAGCCCAGCACUUUCUCUCCGCAGCCCUCAAACGUGUCGAAAAAAUUGUUGAAAGAAUGUCAGCGUGCUCAUCUGAAAGCGGAACGUGAGAGGAUACGAAUCCAAAAAGAGUAUGAACAGGAACAGGAAAGAAAACGAAAAAUUUUGGAAAAGGAGGCCAAAUUGAAGGAGAAACAGUUGAAAAAGGAGGAGGAGGAACGUCAGAAGGAAGAGAAACGAUUAAAACGCUUGGAGGAACAGAAAAAACGUGACGAAGAAAAAGAGGCGGAACGAAAACGAAAAGAAGAAGAGAGACGAAAGAAAGAAGAGGAACGUAUACAAAAAGAACAAGAGAAGAAAAAAGAAGAAGAAUUCAAAACGAAACGGGAAGAGAAACAACGUGCCGUACUUUUGGGCUUUUUGGUCAAGAGUGAAACCAAAAAGGAUGCACCUACUUCUGGCCCCACCUCCUGCGGUCCCUUCAUGCAAUUCGAGUUGCGCAAAGAUAUGCGAAUGGCUCCGAUUCACCGCGUGUCCGGUGAACUUUUGGAACAGAAACGUUCCAAUCUGACCAAAUUGUUGGAACGUUGGCGUUCAGGUGAAUCGGUCGACACCGCAACCGUGCUAGGCUUGCGGAAAUUUGGUCGCACGGAUUAUUUGCACGAGUUGCGAACUAGACAGCAUAUUCCGCUUUCCUCGCCAAGUACAUGGCCAACUGCGGAGCAAGCACAAGAAUAA